AUGUUGGGGGUUUGGCCGCCCGAGCUCACACCCAAUGACCGGAAGGAGGUAUUUGCUGCUCUACUAGUACCUUCGCAACGAAUUGUCCGGCUGCUGAAAGAAGGCCAGAUGAGCUUGCCAAGGGCGCUGAACUGCCAAUCAUUGGCGGAUGGUUUGGCCAGU